AUGAUUGAUUCUACACUCUCGAAGAGGCAGUCAGAACUGAAUGCUUUGCCUCGCAGGAUUUCCAACUUUGCAGAAGCCAUGAUAGAGUUCAUGAGAGUCAUGGAUUCUAUCAAAGGUAUGCUGCACAAGCUAGCUGUACAGGGGGAUAUUGAGCUGUUUCCAGAUGAACCUGAGAUGCACUGUAUUGCAUACCUCCAUAGGAUGUUUGAGAGUUAUUUGCGUGAUCUAUCAAGUGUAGUUGAAGAAACCCCAAUUGAUUUUCUGGUCGAAGAAGUAAAAUUACUGGAGGAAACUCAAGGGCUUAGUCUUUCAAACUUCCUACCUCAUUCGGUUUUGGUCGUUCUCAUACAAAGACGAAUCGAGUCCGUUUCAGAGAGUAGCAGGGAUAUAGCCAUAAAGGCUUGCCAAUAUAUAGACAAGGUUGUAUGUCGUGUUAUUGAUAUCCAUAUACAGUGCUAUCCCCACUUACAUGCAGCUUCACACACAGCUUUUCAAGCACUUAUUGACAGGAAAAGGGAGGAAUGCAUCCGGUUUGUGCAAGAUACCCUCGAUAUGCAAAAGACAAUUUUCAUUACCUUGAAUCCUGCUUAUUCAGAAUCCCGGCAAAAGUGGCAGGGUUGGAAGAAAACGUUUGAAGAAGCUAUAAAACAGAUUCUGAAUACUGUAAAACUUGGAGCAAUGGGUGAAAUUAGCCUAAAAAAUGUGCCAAGAGGCAGUAAUCAGCUGGAUGCAGCAUUUGAGAUGAAGAUGAGCGUGAUGGCAUAUUGGAAUGUGGUAAAGAUGAGGCUUGCUGAUGAGAUUCCUCUCCAUAUUCGCUUUACUUUUCAUAAAAUGGUUGAAAAUGAUAUUGUGAACUUCAUUGUUAAGGAAGUGCUAGGAACUGGAGAGUCAUCUAGGAUAUGUGAUAUACUUGAAGAGAGCCCGAAAACGGCCAGUAAGAGGAGGAACCUCUUCAAGAGGAUUGCUAUGUUGAGAGAAUCUAAGUAUACACUUUCAAAACUCAUUGGAAAGCUUGGAGAAGAGUAG